GACCUUAUGAGUUAUGUGACCUAAUGUUACCUAACGCAUAGGACUGAAUGGACAGGACUUUGUGUAUUCCGUGGCUAGAUGUGACUUCAUGUAAGGGAUUACAUGCAAUGUUCAAACUGAUUACUCCGAGAUCCUGACAUCACAAGGUCACAACCUUGACCCCCAGUGGAUUAUUCUACUUCAUCAAAGACGUCAUAUUUCUUACACUUCAUCGUGUGGUUCCGACACACCGGCAGAGGAUGAUUUUUAGCUGAUUUCCAUUGGCCUGUGAAAUCUUUUAACAUGGGAUCCUAGAAUCGGAAUUCAGUUUUUUUACACCAAUUCAUCGCUAUUUUCCUGCCAGUUAAAAAAAAAUUAUCUUUCAAAGAUGUUUUAUUACAUCUAAGUGCUGUUGUUAUUUUAAUUGUGUGUUAAUUAUUUUUAAAAAAUAAUUUCGUCAAGUGUGUGUAUGUGUGGAUUUGAUUAUUUCUUGAAUUCUUCAAGACGAGUUUCUUCAGUGUGAAGUAAAAAAAAAUAUUCUUAAAAUCUUGAUCAUCGAUCUUCGCUGGUUGAAGCUAGGUCCGAAAGCUUGACCGGUGUCCGUGGCUGUAGCCGGCUGAUGCCUGUGGUGUCCAGCAUGUCGUCAUCCUUGCAGUACGACGGAGAACUCCCGGGGUACGGGGCCAUGGAGGCUAGCGGCGGGAUGUACGGGGACCCGCACCGGGCCAUGGCAGUGUCGCACCCCCUGUCCCACUCGGGCCUGAACCACGCCAGCUCGGCCCUGCACCAGCCCUACCCCAGCCCCUACUCCAGCACCCCCAGCACCAUGCCCGGGGUCAUGUCCGGCUCUCAAGACUCUCAGAUGAAGCGCGAUAAGGAUUCCAUCUACUCCCACCCCCUGUUCCCACUACUAGCCCUUAUAUUUGAGAAGUGUGAGCUGGCCACAUGCACCCCCCGGGAGCCGGGCGUCACGGGUGGAGACGUCUGCUCCUCCGACUCCUUCAACGAGGACAUCGCUGUGUUCAGCAAACAAGUUUUAGCCCGAUCGGACAAGCCCCUGUUUUCAGCUAACCAUGAGUUAGAUAGUUUGAUGAUACAAGCUAUCCAAGUUCUACGGUUUCACCUGCUCGAGUUGGAAAAGGUCCACGAGCUCUGUGACAACUUCUGCCACAGAUACAUCUCCUGCCUCAAGGGCAAGAUGCCCAUUGACCUUGUCAUAGACGACAGGGAGGGGGCGGGCUCUUCGGCCACACCCACAUCAGCACCAUCGAAAACAUCGACGACAACAUCACUAGAUGCCAUUGACCAGAACUCGGAGAACAGCCGCGAUCAUCAAGUUUUCUCACCAAAUGGCGAUCAUUUAUUCGGGAGUGAAAAAAUGCGCCCCCCUUCACAAAGUCUAAACUUCAGCCAGCAGGACGACACCCAGUCCUCCCGGUCGGGGGACACUCCCAUCCCCGCCAGUCAAACCAACGCCAACUCGGCACACAACGCGGAGAACAACAGCGAGUCAGGUGAUGGUCUAGACAACAGCGUCGGGUCGGGUGAAGGUACGGCAGAUGAAGACGACGAGAGAGGCUCUAAGAGAAAUAAAAAACGAGGAAUUUUCCCCAAAGUGGCUACAAAUAUUAUGAGGGCGUGGUUAUUCCAGCAUUUAUCGCACCCGUACCCUUCAGAGGAGCAGAAGAAACAACUGGCUCAGGACACAGGGCUAACUAUCCUACAAGUCAACAAUUGCGCCGGGGCCUGUUAUCAGCAGACAUUCCGUGCCCCUCAUUUUGGUGACUAA